AUGUGGGUCUCCUCCGCCCCAUUUUUGGGGGCUCCCUUAACCCGUUUUGGGGUGCAGGUGCACUUUGGGCGCUGGCUGAUCGAGGGCAGCCCAGCCGUGGUGCUGCUGGACGUGGGAGCGACCGCCUGGAGCCUGGACCGCUGGAAGAGUGAGCUGUGGGAGAGCUGUGCCAUCGGCGUGCCCUGGUACGACCGCGAGGCCAACGACGCUGUGCUCUUCGGCUUCCUCGUCGCAUGGUUCCUGGGAGAGUUUGCAGCUCAGAGCGAGGACCGUCCCUUCAUCGUGGGGCACUUCCACGAGUGGCUGGCAGGGCUGGGGUUGGUGCUGUGCCGCGCGCGCCGCUUGCCCGUGGCCACCAUCUUCACCACCCACGCCACGUUGCUGGGCCGCUACCUCUGCGCCGGCAGCGUGGAUUUCUACAACAACCUGCAGAAUUUCGACGUGGACAAGGAGGCGGGCGAGCGGCAGAUCUACCACCGCUACUGCCUGGAGCGCGCGGCCGCGCACUGCGCACACGUCCUCACCACCGUGUCGCACGUCACCGCCGGGGAGGCUGAGCACCUCCUCAAAAGGAAGCCUGAUCUGGUGACCCCCAACGGCCUCAACGUCCGCAAGUUCUCAGCCAUGCACGAGUUCCAGAACCUGCACGCCCAGAGCAAGGCGCGGGUGCAGGAGUUUGUGAGGGGGCACUUCUAUGGGCACCUGGACUUUGACCUGGACAAGACGCUCUUCUUCUUCAUCGCGGGGCGCUACGAGUUCUCCAACAAAGGCGCCGACAUCUUCCUGGAGGCGCUGGCACGGCUCAACUACCUGCUGAGGGUGAACGGCAGCGAGACGACGGUGGUGGCCUUCUUCAUCAUGCCAGCACGCACCAACAACUUCAACGUGGAGUCCCUGAAGGGGCAGGCCGUGCGAAAACAGCUCUGGGACACAGCCAACGCGGUGAAGGAGAAGUUUGGGAAGAAGCUCUAUGAGUCGCUGCUGGUGGGGAACCUCCCUGACAUGAACAAGAUGUUGGACCGGGAGGAUUUCACCAUGAUGAAACGCGCCAUCUUCGCCACGCAGCGCCAAUCCUUCCCCCCCGUCUGCACCCACAACAUGUUGGACGAUGCCACCGACCCCAUCCUCACCACCAUCCGCCGCAUCGGGCUCUUCAACAGCGGCAACGACCGCGUGAAG